AUGACGGCGCGUGCUCCGUCUGACAAUGUGAUGAGCUGCCAGCUGCCGCCCAUCGAGCGCCGCAUCACCGAGGGGCGGCUGCCAGCGGGCACCUUCUGCAACCGCGGCUACGCCUUCCAGGUGUUCCGCCAGGCCGACCCCGAGUUUGUGGCUGUGUUGGAGGACAUCCGCUGGGCACGCAACACGCAGCGCGCGGUGCAGACGCUGGUGGACAAGUGCGCGCGGCCGCUGGUGGCCAAGAACGGCGUCGUGCCCACCAAGCUCUAUUCCCGCAACGCUGACGUGGACGCCGUCAACGCCAAGGAGCUCGCCAAACUGCCCGGGGCAGUGGCCACCUUCACUGGCACUGACGAUAUCCAGGUCAACCCCGAGCUGCCUAAAGACCUGCGCCAGGAGGCAGAGCAGCGGCUGUGGAGGGCGGAAUUUUGGAAAGACUGCCAGGCGGCCAAGACGAUUGACCUCAAGGUUGGGGGGCAAGGCUUUGCUCGUGGGGGUCGGGUGGGCUGA